AUGUCUAUUUUUUCUAUCACAGUGACCCAACUUGGAUCUUUAUUCGUGCUACUCGUCUCUCUCAAGGUACUCUGGGAGUACUUCUUCUCACCAUUGAAAGAAUUCCCUGGCCCAUUUGCCGCCAAAGUUACAGAUGCUUGGAGGGCAUCCUUGACAGCCUCUGGUAAUAUUGACACUAUCACCCGAGGGUGGCACAGAAAAUGGGGCCAGGCGGUUCGCAUUGGACCAAACACAAUUAGUUUGAGUGACACAAACCUGAUCAAAUUGGUGUAUGCCAGCACAAGUAAAGCUGCGUGGAAAAAGAGUAAAAUGUACCGAGUCAAUGACGUGGUUGUCAAUGGUCACAGAAUUUCGAACAUCUUCAAUACGCAAGACGAGGCCUUUCACAGCAAGUACACCAAGCCAAUUGGGGGCUUUUGGACCCUAUCCAGAAUUUUGGAACUUGAACCAUUGAUGGACGAAACCAUCCACAAAUUCGUCAGCAGACUUGGAAACAAGUUUGCCGAUAAUCCAAAAAUGGUCUGCAUGAUGGAUGAUUGGUUAACAUACUUCGCAUGGGAUUUUGCAGCCAACGCUACCUUUGGAAGACAUUAUGGCUUCAUCGAUGAAGAAAAAGACGUCCAAGGUAUGAUCAAGGAAUCCACAGGUGGCCUCUGCUAUUUCGCACCCGUGUCACAAAUGCCCUGGCUCGACAACUGGCUCGACAAGAAUCCCAUCUACCGACUCGGCCCGAAACCCUUGGUUAAUGGAUUUCUAUACACGGUCAAAAUUCUGGCUGACUACCAGAAGGGACUUGUCGAAGGUACCAUCGCACGUACUGAGGUCAAGACUUUCAUAGAAAAGUACAACGGCCUUAAAGACGUCUAUCCAGAUAUCGCAGAUAACAACCAGGUAGUCAAUUGGCUCAUGCUGAAUGUGUUGGCAGGUGGGGAUUCAACAGCCGGGGCUCUGCGACCUGUCGUUUACUAUCUUGCUAAAUAUCCAGAGUCGCAGAGGAGGUUACAGGCCGAACUCUCCGAGGCAAAUCUCUCCCUCCCUGCGCCAUGGAAGGAGGUCAACAAGCUGCCAUAUCUAGACGCAGUCAUACGGGAGGCGUCACGCAUGAGUCCGGCUGUAGGCUUGAUGUUCGAACGAGAAGCACCAUCUACGGGAUUCCAACUUCCGGACGGUCGCUUUAUCCCUGGUGGCACAGUCGUAGGUAUAAAUCCCGCUGUCGUGACAAGGGAUACGGACAUCUUCGGCGCAGAAAUUGAUGAUUUCGUCCCGGAGCGCUGGCUAAAGAAGCCCGAUGAGGACGCUGGGCGCUUUGUCCAUCGGCGUCGACGCAUGGAGGAAACUACUGACUUCAUGUUCGGGGCCGGCAGCAGAGUCUGUAUGGGGAAGCAUUUUGCCAAGGCGGAAAUGUACAAGCUUAUGGCCACGUUGUACAGCAUGUUUUAUAUCCAAUUUUCCGACCCCAAGGGUGAGUGGAAAUGCUUCAACGCGUGGUUUAUGUACCAGAGCAAUAUGCCAAUGGUGAUUACGAGGCUGGGAGAGGACUGA